AUGCGCUUCCAAACAGCGAUUUUGUUGCGUCAACUAUUUAUUUUCCUUUACGGUCUACAAUGCUCCUGCUCCGCCAUUCAUGCGUACCCGCUUAAUUUGUCGCUUAGUCGCUUCGACCAGAGCCGCGAGACAGCUGGAAGGCUCCUCAGACUAGGUGGCGAAGAAUGCAGGAUGGCUCCUGUUUCAGCCCUCGAAACAGCGAUCAAGGCCGCGAUGCCACAGUUGACAAAAUCGAACAAGGGUCUGCUGAGUUGGUAUCUGCUAGUAAACAAAAGCUCAGAGAAGACGCUCAAGAGUCUUGAUCUCGGGAAGAACGUGGAUACACUCUUGACCAAACCCAAGUUGAGCGUCUUGCUACACUACACCGCUAUGUACAACAACGAGAAACCCCAAAAGGUCACGACCACGGCCGAAGUGCUUGCAACCAAAUAUGGACAAGCUCCAGUGACUAAGCUACACGAAAAGGCGAAACAUCGAAAGCGUCGUCGGAAGCGACCAAGGUAUUGGCGAAAGAGUUGCAGCUUGAGCAGUUCGUGGGCUAAAUAA